GUGUACAUACGAGUUCAGAGUUGUUUUUGUGUAUUGAUGGGGUAUUGAGUAUUGAUCUAAAAUUUUAAAAAGUUAUUUUAUAUUAUAAAAACAUAGUGGUGCUAAGUGAACCCAGUUAUUAAUUGUCUUCAAGGAAUCAUAACGAAUUAAACGAAAAAAAGGCAAAAGCUACAAGAAGAUUUUAAACGAACACAUUGAUUGGAAGAGGCAAUCAUGGCAUUCGCUGGACUCAAGAAACAAAUCAACAAAGCUAAUCAGUAUGUCACAGAAAAAAUGGGCGGUGCCGAGGGCACAAAGCUUGAUCUGGAUUUUGUGGAGAUGGAAAGAAAAACAGACGUUACGUGUGAGCUGGUUGAAGAGUUACAAACGAAAACAAAAGAAUUUCUACAACCGAAUCCAACUGCACGUGCAAAGAUGGCGGCCGUGAAGGGAAUCAGUAAAUUAAGUGGUCAGGCUAAAAGUAACACUUAUCCGCAACCCGAAGGCGUGCUCGGUGAUUGCAUGCUGCUCUAUGGAAAGAAGCUUGGAGAAGAUUCUGUGUUCGCACAAUGUUUGAUCGAGAUGGGGGAGGCACUGAAGCAAAUGGCCGACGUUAAAUACUCGCUGGACGAUAACAUCAAGCAAAGCUUCCUCGAGCCUCUUCACCAUUUGCAGACCAAAGAUCUCAAAGAAGUUAUGCAUCACCGAAAGAAAUUACAGGGACGUAGGCUGGACUUCGACUGCAAGCGACGUAGACAAGCGAAAGGCAUCCUUAAAGGCCCUUACAUGAGUCCAAGCCAUGGUUCUCCAAGACACGGCGCUCACAUUCCAGACGAUGAGAUCAGACAGGCUGAGGAGAAGUUCGCCGAAUCGUUGACCUUGGCUCAGAUUGGAAUGUUUAAUCUUCUUGAUAAUGAUGUCGAGCAAGUGGCACAAGUCUCUUUCUUCGCGGAGGGCUUGCUGGAGUACCACCAGCAAUGCACGGAGAUUCUCAAGGGAUUGGUCUCCGCCCUAAUGGAGAAGAAAGAAGAAGCCGUUAACCGCCCGAAGCUGGAGUUCGUACCCAAAACUCUCGCCGAUCUCCAAAUAGAGGGCAUCCACGACUUGAACCAUGGUAGGCGGUACGGCUCCGCGCAGAGCCUCUCUCGCGCGCGACUCCCCCCCACCUCCUCCUUGGGCGACAUCCAUACCACCGAUCCCCUCCGCGCCUGGGAAGCUCCCAGGAUAACCCCUAUCGCUCCCGGUUUCAAACCACACCCGGCACCGAGGUUACAGAAUGGAAGAGAUCCAUGGACAGCAUCGCCGCUGCCUUCGCCGGUGAAGUCUCCCGCGCGGACGCCGGUCGCCGCCGCGAAGGGUCCCUGCUGCACCGCGCUCUACGACUUUGAGCCGGAAAAUCAAGGCGAGCUUGGAUUCAAGGAAAACGACGUGAUCACACUGAUCAACAAAGUUGACGACAACUGGUUCGAGGGCUCCGUCAACGGCAAGACGGGCUACUUCCCAAUCAGCUACGUGCAGGUCACCGUACCCCUCCCAAAUAUGUAAACACUCUAAUGGCAACACUCUUGAUUUAAGAUAUUAAACUUGCCAGUUCUGAUAAAGUAUUUCUCGUUCAUAUCCAUAUUAUUUAUAAUAAUAAUUUAAUUAUACAUACGAAUAAAACAGUUCAUAUCGGAUAAUCAUUUGAAACAUAACUUUUUUGUUUAAUUUAUUUAUAAACUUAAUAUGAAGGAAUGAAGAUUGUUGCUAAGGAAUGACAUUUAAAACAAUUAAUAUAUUGUCACUAUUGUUAAGAUUAAUUCCGUGAUAACUUUCUGAAUAUAUAUUAGAAAAAUGAAAGUUUCUUGUCAGAUCUGGCAGUUUUAAAUAAAUAAGUACGACCACACACAUAAAACUUAAAUUAUUAUCUUUGCGUUAAUAAUAAAAUUGUUUUAUUUAUUUAAAGUUAAAGCAAUUUUAUUGUAUAAAUGAUAUUAAGGCCUAAAACUGUCCUACAAAUGCGUCUAUACUCUAUUGCAUCUAUGGUGCGAUAUUAUACCAAAGAGUAAUUUAUAUUUUUUUUUUCUUAAGACGUGUUUCGUUAUAAUAAGCAUCUGUAUGCGCUCCCUACACGUGUAAUAAAAAUGGCAAUAGUUAACGUGUGUGGUUGGACACAAUUAUGUUGCAAAUAAUCAAAUAUUGUUACACCAUGUCGCAGUAUUACAUAUAGACGACUUUAUUCGAAUCUGUAACUGUGUCAAAAGCUCAAUGUUGUAGUUAUGAAAUAUUUUACCCCUUUACAAAUAUAACAUAAAAUAUUAUAAUACCAAGCAUCGUUUCUUAAUAUUAUGUUUCGAUCAGGUCUUCCAUUUCUUUGGUACUUUUUGUGACCUAUUCUAUAGAAAAAAUAUUUUUAUGAAAACCAGAACGAAAUUAAUAAACGAAUAUAACGUGUAAUCUUGAAAAGGAACAUUAUUUUUUAUUGGCGAAUAAUAUUGCCUCAUUGAGCCUAUUAAAUUAAUUGUUGUUUUUUUUUUGUUUUUUUCUAUGAAUCGCAAUCAUGAGUUAUUCGUGCAUACUUUUUUUGACUUAGCUAUAAUUUAAAAUGUUCAUUCCAUGUCUUCAUUUUAUAAAUGGACGGCUUUUAUAUGGAAAACGAAUGUUACAAGCAUUAAUUAGAAUUAUAAACAUAAUAAAAAAUCUCUCGGUGAAUUAAAAUGGUAUAAAUUAAUUAUCAUAUUCAUCUUGAAUGUUGACAUUUUUAUCAUUAUUUGCAUCUCGUUCCAACCUUCCAAGACAGAGAAUUAUUUAAUAGUGAUUUCACGUAAACUAGAUAAUUAUUAUGAGAUUAGAUUUUAUAGUUAUAACUGCGGGUAAUAAUUUAUCUAAAUGGAGAAAUGUAUACAAUGUAAGGUAUGUUAUACACGAGACGGUGAGGAAGUUGUAAGCGUUGUUGAAUCUUGCCAGAUAUUUGUGGCAUUUUGAUGUUUGAUGUAUUAUUGGCAAAAUUAUAAUUAUACCAAUAUAUUAUAAAGUCAUUGUGAUAAAUAUAGAUGUCAUUGUAAUCGGUGCAGCGUCCCUUAUCGCAUUUUUACGUUUGUAUUCAAUAGUUAAUUUAGCAUAAUUUUUUAAAUUAAUUUCAACGUUUAUAAAACUGCAAUUGUAUUAAUUUAAUUAUUUCCAUGUAGAUAUUAUAUGUGGCCUCUACUAAAUAGUGUCGUUUAAUGUAUUCCAUUAUAAAUGCAUGCACUUUGGACUUUAAAAAAAAAAUAACAUAUGUAUUUAACUUUAUCUUAAAUAUCGGUGUUGCAGUAAUAUUGUAAUGUAUUUUUCUAAUAAUGCCAUUAGAGUCGUUUAAUGAUACGGACCCCGAUGUAUAACUCUUCAGACAUACAAAAGACAAUACCUAGAUCUAAUGUUAGUUGUAUGUAAGUUCAUAAAUAAAUUAUUGUUCUAUCUUCAAGUGUCUCUUUAAAUGUAAGUAUUUUGAGCAAUUAAAUUCAUCGGCGUUACGAGGGAGUCAUGUUUUGAUGUAUAUUUCGCGGUGCACGGAAACUUAGCGAAGUUUAUAUAAUAUACAUAAAUAUAUAUAGAUAUCUCACUUCUUGAACAUACAAUCUCUGCUCAGGAAGUCGAACUUCGUCCUUCUUAUAUUGGCUAAUCUAUUAAACGUUACAAUUUGUUUAUAUUAUAAUAAGACUUAAAAUAAUUUAAAUGGUUGAAAUGUGAAAUUGUAAAAUCGUUACAAUAUGUAAUUAUAGCUACACAUAUAUUUAUCGAGCGUUGCUUUUUUAUACGGGGAGAUUCGUUGGAGCCAGUGAGUAGUAGUCACAUAUUACUGCAACGCGGCGGCGGAUUGGGGCACGGGACUUCGGCUGUAGUCACCUUCACUUUGGUUUGUUAGUGUUGCCAGAAAGAAACGUACUAACGGUCAUCCAUCGAAAAUUAAUAGGCUUGUUAAAUAAAACAUUUUUUAUCAUCUAGGAAAUCGAGCAGGAUACGCUAACGUAUUAAUUCUGCAUUUUAUAUUUAACAUAGUAUUAUCAAUAAUACAAUUGUAUGCAUUUUAUUUCCAGUUUAAUUUAGUUUUAUUUAUUUAAUUCUUUUUUUAUAGUCAAAUGUUGAAUUAGUUACAAUUGCGGCCUGGUUUAACACCUGCCCUGUCUUAGUCUGCUAGUUCCGCCAUUUUAAUAAUGAAAUUGUUAUUUUAUGUAUUAACUAUUAUGUGCAUUAAAUAUUAAUAUUUAAUAAAUGUACAAGUAGAAAAAAUAUUAAGAUUUCAUGAAAACGGCACCCGCUUCAAAGUAUAUAACUGUUGGCGCGAGUAAUUUGGUGUGAUGUAAUUAUCAGGUAAAUGUAUUCUUGUUCAUGUUACUGUAAUUUUAAUACAUAUAAUACCUACUGUAAUUUCAUAGAUAAAUUGACAAUUUUAAUGUGUGACAUUCAUUUGUAUUUCUCCUGAACUUAUUGCUCGUUUCGCCUCCUAAAUAAAAUGUUA